AUGGAAAGGAGCAGGUUGGCUUUGGUUCUCGCGAUUCUGAUCUCUUUCCAGGGAGCAAUCCUCGUCAGAUCCGAUGCCUCCGAUCACCGUUACAAGGAAGGAGACCCCGUUCCUCUUUACGCCAACAAAGUCGGCCCCUUUCACAACCCCAGUGAAACAUAUCGGUACUUUGACCUGCCAUUCUGUGUUACAGGUCAUGAGAGAGAAAAGACCGAAGCCCUUGGUGAGGUGUUGAAUGGCGAUCGCCUUGUUAGUGCUCCUUAUGAACUUAAUUUUCGAACAGAGAAAGACUCUAAGGUUGUAUGCAGGCGAAAGCUCACAAAGGAGCAAGUUGCUCAGUUUCGAGAAGCAGUUAAGAAGGAUUAUUAUUUCCAGAUGUAUUAUGAUGACUUGCCAAUCUGGGGAUUUAUUGGGACGGUUGACAAGGAAGGGAAAACUGAUCCGAGCGAGUACAAGUAUUUCCUUUACAAGCACAUUCAGUUUGAUAUUCUGUAUAACAAAGAUCGAGUGGUUGAGAUCAGUGCCCGGAUGGAUCCUCAUUCUGUGGUGGACCUGACUGAAGAUAAAGAUGUUGAUGUUGAGUUUAUGUACACUGCAAAAUGGAAGGAAACAGAUACUCCCUUUGAGAAGAGGAUGGAAAAAUACUCUCAAUCUUCUUCUUUGCCACAUCACUUAGAGAUUCACUGGUUCUCGAUCAUAAACUCCUGUGUAACAGUGCUUCUUUUGACUGGUUUUCUGGCAACCAUUCUCAUGCGUGUAUUGAAGAAUGACUUUAUGAAAUACGCUCAAGAUGAGGAAGCUGCUGAUGAUCAAGAGGAGACAGGGUGGAAGUAUAUUCAUGGUGAUGUUUUUCGGUUUCCUAAGCAUAAGUCUUUGUUUGCAGCAGCUCUUGGUUCUGGUACUCAGUUAUUCGCACUUACAAUCUUCAUUUUUAUGCUUGCGCUGGUUGGUGUGUUUUAUCCAUAUAACCGAGGUGCUUUAUUUACUGCACUGGUGGUCAUUUAUGCUCUAACAUCUGGCAUUGCUGGCUACACUGCUACUUCCUUCUACAUUCAACUUGAAGGGUCUAAUUGGGUUAGGAACUUGUUGCUCACAGGAUGCCUCUUUUGUGGCCCCCUUUUCCUUAUGUUCUGCUUCCUAAACACAGUUGCAAUUGUUUAUAGUGCAACUGCUGCCCUGCCAUUUGGCACAAUUUUAGUGAUAGUCCUAAUAUGGACGUUGGUAACUUCACCACUGCUUGUGUUGGGUGGAAUUGCUGGUAAAAAUAGCAAAUCUGAGUUCCAAGCACCUGUCCGCACUACAAAAUAUCCCCGGGAGAUUCCACCUCUGCCUUGGUACAGGAGUACCCUUCCUCAGAUGGCAAUGGCAGGUUUUCUCCCAUUUAGUGCCAUCUACAUAGAGCUGUACUACAUUUUUGCAAGUGUAUGGGGCCACAGAAUUUAUACCAUCUACAGCAUACUCUUCAUUGUCUUUAUUAUUCUGUUGAUUGUCACUGCUUUCAUCACUGUGGCAUUGACAUACUUCCAACUUGCUGCCGAGGAUCAUGAAUGGUGGUGGAGGUCUUUCCUCUGUGGUGGAUCGACUGGCUUGUUCAUCUACGGCUAUUGCUUGUAUUACUACUAUGCACGAUCUGAUAUGUCUGGUUUUAUGCAAACUUCGUUCUUCUUUGGUUAUAUGGCCUGCAUCUGCUAUGGUUUUUUCCUAAUGCUUGGUAGUGUAGGUUUUCGAGCCUCCCUCCUCUUUGUUCGUCACAUAUACAGGUCCAUCAAGUGUGAGUAG